GUGUUUUGGUCCUGCGCAGAUCUGUGCCGACGGGCUGACAUGAACACAUGAGCAAAAUGUCGAAACGGAGCUAUUAAUAGGUGACUGGAAUCUAGACCGUGAUAAAUAAUGGCUGGCCUGCAACCCCAGGGGGAUCUUUUGAAAAUCUCUCACAGAGAAACCUGGAAGAUGCAGCAUGAGAGGUUAAAUGUGAAGCACAGAGGUCACGAGGCCAUGCACGCUGAGAUGGUUUUGAUUCUCAUCGCCACACUAGUGGUCGCUCAGAUUGUGCUGGUUCAGUGGAAACAAAGACACUGCAGAUCCUACAACCUUGUUACACUGUUGCAGAUGUGGGUGGUUCCUCUGUACUUUACCAUUAAGCUUUACUGGUGGCGUUUCCUGUCCACAUGGGGCAUGUUUUCUGUCAUCACCAGCUAUGUCAUAUUCAGAGCUACCCGCAAACCACUGUCCUGCAGAACGCCAAGGAUGGUGUAUAAGUGGUUCCUCCUCAUUUACAAGCUGAGCUACGCUGUGGGUGUGAUUGGAUAUCUCGCCAUCAUGUGUACCAUGUUUGGAUUCAACAUUUUCUUCAGGAUUAAAGCAGAGGACUCUAUGGAUGUUGGUGUGAUUAUGCUUUUCUAUGGUCUGUACUAUGGGGUGAUGGGACGAGACUUUGCAGAAAUCUGUUCAGACUACAUGGCAUCUACUAUAGGGUACUAUAACAGGGGUGGUAUGCCGUCCCGAAACCUUAGUGAUAACAUAUGUGCGGUGUGUGGUCAGAAGAUUCUUGUGGAUGUAGAUGAAGAAGGCAUCAUUGAGGACACCUACCAGCUCUCCUGCAACCACGUAUUUCAUGAAUUCUGUAUUCGCGGCUGGUGCAUCGUGGGAAAAAAGCAGACAUGUCCAUACUGCAAUGAGAAGGUGGACAUCAAAAGAAUGAUGGACAACCCCUGGGAGAGAACACAUGUUUUAUAUGGACAACUUCUGGACUGGUUAAGGUACCUGGUGGCCUGGCAACCCAUUAUAAUUGGAAUCGUGCAUGGAAUAAAUUUUUCACUUGGACUUGAAUAGAUAUCUGCAGCAAUUAGUUCCAUUAAAACAGUACAUGUGUUUACCUUUUGGUAUUUAUUUGUAAAUUGUGUACUUUAUAAUCAAAAUCGCACAGCUGAUAUUGUAAUUGAUUUGAUACAGAGUAACAGACUUUUCCAAAACCACAGACAUAUACAACACUUUCAAAAAGUAAUCAAAGGAAAAUCUUUCGUUCUCUAAAGCUGCUUUAUCUAUUUUUUUUCUAUCACUCCUUAUCAAUAUAGUGCCUAAUUUAAGUGUUUAGUUUAGCCUCAUGACAGUUUGUUUGUUUAACUGUUUGCCAUUUAAAUGUUAUCUUUAUUUAAUGAGCGGGUGUUAUUGAUAGUGGAAAAAGAUGUUUGGUGAACUGGAAUUAUUGACAAAACAGAGGAUAAUAUUUUCUGUAAAUACUGUGUCAAGGAGGAAAUAAUCGGUAAUAACAUUUCCAUUGCAUCCAUGUGGUAAGAAACACAAUCUUAGUGUGUAAUUCAUAUGUUGAGGAAGUUGGCAGUUGCCAAUAAAAGAGAAAUCAUUUGUCAAUAUAAAUCUGCACACUCAGUCUGAAUAAAUGUGUUCUUAUAUGUAAGACAAACACUAUUAGUUCAAGCAUACUGAGACAUUUAAUGUUAUGUGAAAUGUGUUUUUGUUGGUUUUCUGUUAUAUUGUUGGACAUCGUUCGUCUAUUAAGAUACAGUGCCAAUAUAAAAAAUUUAAAAAUGGUUAAAAACACCAUCUCUAUUGUGUUAAGGUCUGGGCUCUGGCUGGACCAAUACAAAAAGUGGAUUUUCUUUUCUCAAGCCAAUCUGUAGUGGAUUUACUCUGGAAUCAGCUCAUAAAAAAUGUACGAGACCAAAAUGCAAAAUGAUCAGUUUCUCUGGAUUUACUAUUUAUAGGUAUGUGUUUGAGUAAAAUGAACCUUUUUGUUUUAUUCUAUAAAGUACUGACAACAUUUCUCCCAAAUAACAAAAAAGAUGCAGUGUUUUCAGACCUCGAAUAAUGCAAAGAAAACAAGUUCUUAUUCAUUUUUAAACAACACAAUACUAAUGUUUUAACUAAGGAAGUUUAUUUAGGCCUCCUUGAAAGUUGGAAUAACCCUGAUUUACAAUCACAGCUUUCACGUGUCAUGGCAUGUCCAGUCUUUCACAUUGCUUUUGGGUAACUUUAUGCCACUCCUGCUAAAGCAACUUGGCUUUGUUUGAUGGCUUGUGGCCAUCCAUCUACCUCUUGAUCACAUUCCAGAGGUUUUCAAUGGGGUUCAGGUCUGGAGAUUGGGCUGGCAUUGACAGGGUCUUGAUCCGGUGGUCCUCCAUCCACACCUUAAUAUAGACCUGGCUGUGUGGCAUGGAGCAUUGUUCUGCUGGAAAAACAAAUCCUCAGAAUUUAGGGAACAUUGUCAGAGCAGAAGGAAGAACGUUUUCUUCCAGGAUAACUUUAUAUGUGGCUUGAUUCAUGUGUCUUCACAAAGAAGAAUCUGCCCGAUUGAUCCUCCAUCAAAUUUCACAGUGGGUGUGAUACACUGUGGCUUGAAGGCCUCUAGGUCUCCAUCUAAUCAUUAGACGACCAGGUGGAGGAUUGGUGAUUAUCUGGGGGUGAGGAGAUGGAUGGUCACAAGCCAUCAAACAAAGCUGAGCUGCUUGAAUAUUUGUGCCAGGAGUGGCAGAAAGUCACCCAACAGCAAUGUGAAAGACUGGUAGAGAGCAUGCCAUGACACAGGAAAACUGUGAUUGUAAAUCAGGGUUAUUACACCAAAUAUUGAUUUCUGAACUCUUCCUAAGUUAAAACAUUAGUAUUGUGUUUUUUAAAAAUUAAUAUGAACUUGUUUGAGGUCUGAAAACACUGCAUUUUUUUUUUUAUUUUGACCAAUUGUCAUUUUCUGUAAAUAAAUGCUGUAAAUUUCAAUAUUUUUAUUUGGAAUGUGUGAGAAAUGUUUUCAGUAUUUUAUAGAAUAAAACAAACAUUUUAAUUUGACUCAAACGCAUGCCUAUAAAUAUUAAAUCCAGAGAAACUGAUAAUUUUUCAGUUGUCUCUUAAUUUUUUCCAGAACUGUAUGUUUAGGGUAAUUAUCCUGCUGCAUCACACAAAUUCUACGGAGCUUCAGCUGGCACACAGCCAACCUGACAUUAUCCUGUAGGAUAUCUUGAUAAACUUGGGAAUAAAUGUUUCCCUCUGAUGGCAAAAUGUCCAGGCCCGAAGCAGCAAAGCAGCACCAAAUCAUGAUGCUCCCUCCACAGUACUUCAC